AUGGCGAAGCAUGGCAUAACCGACGAUUUCUUCAGUCUUGCUGGCUCAAAGAAGACCAAGAAGAAAAAGAGAGACAAGCGCAAGCUGGAGAAGCUCGGUUCCGGUCCCAGCGACUUGUCGGCGUCAGCGUCUCCAAGCGUUCUGUUCUCUAAGGAUCCAAGUGAUCUUAAAGAAAUUGACGCUAUCCACGAUGAACAACCUGACAUAUCGAUUUUUACCAGCUCGUCGCCAUCGACGGUGACCCCAAAGGCAGCGUUAACGGAGACAGACCCUAUAAGUGAUGAUGUUGCCAAUGAUACCGACGCGGAUGAUCUCGAGGUCAUGACGGUGCCUCCCGAGCUGUUUUCGUCACAAUUGCUUGGCUCGAAGCUGUCGGUUGCUAGCUCCACUGUGAGUAAACCUGGGGUGGAACUAACGUCAUUUGCCACCUCAUUCACCACGUCCCUCACUAAGCCGCCCGCCGUCACCAACGAAUAUGAGACUCGACGCUAUCAGCUAGUCAUCCAUUCCAAGCUCCCCGUGAUUGCGGGCACCAACGAUAAGAUCACAGUCAUCUGCCGGGGGCUCAAGUCGUUCUCCAAAGUAAUUAGCGCCGCCCUUACCCAGUUCAAAAAACGAUACGCCGCCGACCCACAAGUGGCAUCAGCAUACAACGAGGAAGACACCUGCUUAGUGUGGAAGGAAGGGCUCACGGUGAUUAAUCUGGGGUGGUCUCCCAGCUAUUUGCGCAUCCCCCACACCGGGGGCGACAAGGACGACACCGAGGUGGUGUUCCUAUUGAUCCCCAAACUGCAUGAACACGACUACGAAACAUUCUACCCUGACUUCGGCUACACCAACCCCGAUGACGUCAACGGCAAAGACGAUGUGUUAAAUGUCGAACUUGACGAGGCAAACGACGACACCGCCCCCGCGGCUACUGCUACUGCUGACCUGAGCAUGCUCCUUGGUCUCAAAGGCGCAGAUAACAAACGUAUCGACGUCCACGCCACUGCCGAAACGCCCAUCCGCCAGUUGCUUCAGGAAUACCUCAAAGCCAAGAAGCUCGAUCCUACCACUAAGGCCACCUUAAUCUUUGACGAUGAGCCGUUGAGCUUAAACGACACCGUCGGCGACACCGAGUUGGAGGACGAGUUCGAAAUUCAAGUGAUGUUGUAA